UGCAUUAGCAAAAUAUUUUUUCUUUGGUGGAUGGGGCACCAAAGCAGUUUCCAGCCCUGGGGCCCCAUCCUUGUAAACAACCCUAAACUACAUCACUUCAUAGUUUUCAGUCAAAAGGUUCAACUUUUCACACUUUGUUACAGACUUAUUCCAAAUUGUAUUAAAUUCAUCUCUUCUCUCAAAAUUCUACACACAAAAACCGGAUCAUGGGUUUUUGGGGGGAAAAAAAAGGUUUUUGAGAUUUUUUUUUCACAUUUAUUAAAAAUAGAACGCCCCAUUAAAACGGUCUCAUUAAUUACACUCAUGCUGUAACACGUGGUUUUGAGGAGCACACCACCACUGACUUGGCUCCUGCAGAUUCCCCUAAAUUUCAAUCCAAAUCAGUAAAUGUGGGAAAGGCCCCUCGCCUCCGAACUUGCAACACGUAAAACAAUGUCCUGCAGUUGUGGUGAAAACCUUCUAUUUUGACAACAAUAAACCGUCUCAGUCACCGCUAAAACAUUCUUGUUCUGGAAAUUUUCAUGGCCUUGGUUUUUCUUUCUACAAGUUUUGCAAUACAAGUGUCAGAGGUUUUUGUUUGUUUGUUUGUUUUUUUGUUGUUUUUGGGGACAAACAUUCUAAAAAUCAGUUUUUCUUGAUUCCUCUUCGCCCUGCAGAGUGCAUGGCUUCGGCGGGAAUGUCUGCUCAACGGGAUGACGUCUCCGCAGGAAGACGGGCCUACUCGUUUGGUGGGAAUUUGGGUUUCUAUGGAAGGAAUGCCAACGAGGAGGUUUCCUGCAAGCUGUAAGACUCCUUUUAUAAUUGGAUGAUGUGACGUUUCAAUUAUUCAAUUGCUCUGCCAAGGGCCAUGACCAAAUAAUACAACAAUGCAGAAGCAAACAACGAGCCCUGCAGGAAAAACCCUGUCAAUUUUAGAAGUAAAAUCUAAUAAUGCAAGUUGCUGUAAACUGUAUUUAGAUUAAAGACGACCUGACAGCGGCGACUGGCCCGCCUCCGGUCCGGCCGGCGGUUUCACCCUGGGCCAUUAGUGUUGGAGAUAGAAACAUCGUAUUUCUUGCUCUGUGGUUUCUGUCUGCCUGAUGGUGGGUGUAUCCAUCAGCAGUCUGACAAAUUCCCUUUCAUCCAAAGCCACCUCACAGGUCAGUUCUAGUUUCAGCUCCGUCGGCCACGGAACGCCUCCACUUCACGCCUGCAGCUCCAGUAAACGGAUGAGUUUUCACUGAGCCAGCAGGACUCCGCUUGAAACGGCUGGAUGGCACGACGCUGCUGUCGCUUGAGAAACAUCUUGAUCUGCAUGUGUACGCCAUGCUGCUGCCUUACCCUGCUCUACAGCUACGCCAUCAUCACCAUUUAUCUGCACAUGAAUUCAAUGGUGUUGAGACACAUCGCCAUGGUUUCCCCAAAUCUGGCAAGCCCCCAUUUUGUAGCCGCAGGUGCUUCGAGCAACGGCAGCGGUCCCUCUGUCCCUAAAACCUUCUGGGAACAGCAUCUGCAAAGCGAUGCCUUGUGGAACCGGCUUCAACGGCACGUCGACCACCGUUUCAACCCCAUCAUCCGCAAAGAAAAGUCCGACAUGUUGUUAGAACGAAGUAGCUCUGACGAGUCUCUGCUGCACCAAAGCUACUUUGAAGUUACCGGCAUGGCCAGCGUGAGGGAGAAUUUUGAGAGACUGCCACAGCAGGUACGAGAAUUUGCAAGCAGCAUGCACAAGAGGAACUACCCUAUCCUCAUCCAACCAGAUGGAGAGUGUGGAGCUCAGUCAGAGCAGGAGAAGGAGCCUCCGCUGAUUCUUUUUGCCAUCAAGUCAACGGCGCUAAACUUCAGGAACCGACGGGUCAUUCGACAGACUUGGGGUCGUGUCGGAUGGGUGGAGGGACAGAGGAUCAACGGCAGCGACGGAGAUGUGGGCGGAGGAUACAUCCGAAGGGUAUUCUUACUGGGCAAAGAAACUCCAGAAGACCUGGGUGUAGACAUAUCCCAUUUACUGAGAGCAGAAAGUAAGCGUCACAGAGACAUUCUGCAGUGGGAUUUCAAAGACACGUUUUUUAACCUGACUCUGAAGGACGUGCUCUUCUGGAGCUGGUUCUCACGCCACUGCAGUAAGCCUCUCUUUGUCUUGAAGGGAGACGAUGACGUCUUCGUCAACACCCCAAAGCUGAUCAGCUACCUCCAGGAUCAGCUAGAGAAGCACAGAUCCCACAACACCCUGCAUGAGUUCAUGGUCGGCGAGGUGAUAGGGUCUGCUUUGCCCAACCGAGUGAGGAGAUCAAAGUAUUUUAUCCCAGAGAGCUUCUACAGGGGGUUCUACCCCAUGUACGCGGGCGGAGGAGGGGUGGUGUACUCUGGGGAGUUGACUAGACGCCUGCACAACAUCUCUAAAAUAAUCCACCUGUUUCCUAUUGACGACGUCUACGUCGGAAUGUGCAUGAUUCGGCUCAACGCCCAACCCAUCCACCACCCGGCUUUCCUCACCUUCGACUUCACUGAGAAGGAAGAGGCACAGCCGUGUUCGUAUCACACCAUCCUUCUGGUCCACAAGCGAAGCCCCAGAGAAGUAGUCGAGCUGUGGGCCGACCUGAAAGACACGAGGGAACAAUGUCAGGGUGUACCGCUGAGGGCAGUCAAGAAGAUAAAACAGAAAGCAACACCGUCACCAAGUGUUUAAGCUCAGCUCUGGACUCUUAUCUGAAAAAACUAUGUUAAAAACAGUUCUGAUCAACUGUGA